AUGGGCUUCAGAAUCUCAUCAUAUACGCUCAUCAAGGGUGUGUCGCUGGCUCACAUCACAGCGGCAUACCUCCUGCUCUACAGGCCUCAAGUCCUGGCCGAGCAGAACAUUGUUGUCAUCCUGGGCGAGUCGAUGCAAGUGCCUCCAACUUCCGCCUUCAGCAAGCCUACAGAGAUCACUGCUCUCGCGUCCAUUUUCAUGGCUUUCCUCGGCGUCAGCGACCUGAUCGCAGCCAGCCUUCCCGAACGCUCAUGCCUCGAAUACUGGUCCAACGUCCUGCCUUUCCGCCUCUUCAUGCUGUUUGCUGGUACUGGUUUCAUCUACCUUACACGAGGUGACGACACCACUACUUCAACUCUCCGAGCUCUCAAGGGUGACUCAAACCCUCUCGACCUCGUCAAGAACUCGUUUGUUUUCACCUUCAUGUUCUUGGAGACGCUCCACUGGUUCUGGGUCUUUGUCGCCAUGAAGGAAGAUAGACGCGAAUGGAUGGUCCGUGAGGCAACUGCUCAGCUCCGCGAAGAGGAGGAAAAGAAGUUUAGAAUGUAA